UCCGGCAGCCGCCCCCCCGCUGCGGUGUCUUCCGCUCUCCGGGCGAGGCGCAGUUCCUCGGCAGAGAGACGGCGCCUCCACCGGACGGCAUCUGAGGACACACCGGCGCACUCCAAAAUGGCGAACCGCGACAAGGAGCUGGAGGAGGAGAUUUACGACAAGGUCGUGGACCUGACGGAAUACGCCAAACGACAGCGAUGGUGGAACGGCCUCUUCGGGAAGAACUCGGGCCCUUUGGCGGAGAAGUACUCCGUGGCCACGCAGUUAGCCGUCGGGGGACUGAGCGGAUGGUGUGCAGGGUAUCUCUUUCAGAAGGUCGGAAAAGUUGCUGCUACAUCUGUAGGAGGUGGUCUUCUGCUGCUCCAGAUAGCCAACAAUAGUGGUUAUAUCCAAGUGGACUGGAAGAGAGUGGAGAAGGAUGUCAACAAAGCUAAGAAACAGUUAAAGAAGGGCACCAACAAAGCCGGCCCGGAGAUAAACACGUUUGUGGAGAAGUCCACAGAGUUUGUGAAGAAGAACAUUGUUGUCACAAGUGGUUUCAUUGGAGGAUUCCUGCUGGGCCUGGCAUCAUAGGGUCUGCCAAAAAAGAACAGUCUCUAUUAUUUUUGAUGUUGUGAGAAAAUCUAGGAAAAUGUUAUAAGUCAUUGCCGAAGGGUGUUCGACGGCAAGCAACCUAUUUAAGAUCAGCUUGCAGCUCUGUGUUUCUCCACAAGCUGCACAUCCUUUGUCCAAUUGAAAACGGUACAUGUGACAAGAACUGUCAAUUUAGAAUGUGGACCUUCUGGAAAAGUAAUGUACAGCAAAGGUUGUAAUUAUUACUGAUCAAUGGAAGGGAAGUAGGAAAAAAGUGUUUCAUACUUUGGCCCCAUAUGCAUUUUUGAUUCAGAUUAUGUUUUGGUCAUUUUGCCUUCCUCAAGGUCCACGAUGGAUAAUCCAAUACUUCAUGACCUCAUAAAACACUCCCCUUUCCAGGCUCAAUAAUGAUUUAAAUCAUGGAAAAUAGUUUUUCAAAAGUGUUUAGGCUAUUGGAAUGUUUAUUUAUUUAUUUUUACCAAGCUGUUAAGUUGAAAUCAAGAAAUAUUGUGUAUCAUUAUCGUUGCCUUGUUGCACACAAUUAAGCCAAACAUAAUGCAGCUAAGUGCAAGUAGCGUUGGAUUCACCUUCAGGUGGUGUCUAUAGGAUUCCAUCAGUAGCUGUGUUGUAUUUUUCAUUUUCAGACAGUAAGAUCAAUCAUCCUCCUAAAGGAUAUUAGAUGUUAUGCCUUUUCUUUUUUAUUAGAGGUGCCAUAUACUUGAUUGGUUUUAUUCCCACCAUCCCUCCCUUUACCAUACAUGUGUUUUUUUAAUUUUAUGUAACUUGUGUAGCGAUACAUUGAUUCUUUAAGUACUGAAUGCAAUGGUUUAUCUACAAUGUAAGUUUAAUGAACAAAUACAAAUAAAAACAAUCGGUUGAA